GUCCUGCCAAGGAACACGGGCCUCAGACAACCCACCCUGUGCUCCCACAUCAGCAUCCCCCGCUGGUGUCCCCUCAGUCCAGGGGAACAUGCUCAAAUGCAGCCAAAGAGCAGCAGCCAUCCUCCCCCUCCUCUGCCACCCCGACUCAGAGGCUCAGGGAUCGAUGUGGUGCUUCAGCACUUGCUGAGGCUGCAGCCCUCGGGCCAGUGACCGAGCCUGGGGUUGCUGCAGGGCAGCUGAAGCAUCCAGCGCUGCCCUUGGUCACAGCAUCUGAGGGGAGAUGCUCUGCAGAGCCUCACGCCAGGGACUGGGGCCCUCCUGCACCAACAGAACAGCUCAGGGUAAGUGGGUCCCCCCAAAAAGGCAGGAGGGAGGAGUUGUGGCCCUCCCUGAUUUCAGUGGGCACAGCCAGGACGGAUGAAGGUCGCCUUAAUGAGUGUCUCCCUCGGGCACCAGUGCCUGGUAACAGUCCCUGGCAAGAGGCAGAGCUGGCUCCAGGGGCAAGCAGAGCCACCCAGCAGCAGGAGGGGCAAGGGAGCAGCCAGUCAGCACAGGCUGAGCCAGGGCACAGGGGGUUAACAGCCCCUUGACUCGCAGCAGCCGCAGCCGCCAAAUUAGCUUUUUGCUGCCCUAAUGGAAAACAAUUCCCCAGCUCUCCUCUUCCCACUAAACCGCCUGAGCUCUGGAUAAUGACAUUCCUGCGUGUCCUUCACCCUAUGGCCACUCCUUCCCCGUCAGCAGCCCGUGACACCCCCUCUGCCGUGGGGACCCCACCGGGCUCAGCCCCCCUGCUCACCCCAGGGCCGGGGGUGCUGGGGAGUCCCCAGCCUGUGGGGUGAUGAGGAUUAGGGAGCAAGAAGGACCGCGGCUGGAAGAGAAAAACAGCACCGGGGGGUGACCGCCAUCCCCACUCCCUGCACUGUGUGCAGGAUGUGACACGAGGUGCUCCCAGAGGUGACGGGUUUAUUCCAGCAUUCUGCCAGAGGCUGGGCAGCGGCGGAGCAGCCGCUUUAUGGAUUACAGCCGGUCGCGGCUCCCCGGCGGCUGCACACCUGUACGGCCGAAGUGGUCCUCAGCCCCCCUGGGGACGAGCGACCACGCAGGGUCGGUGCUGGCUGCGCAUCGCUCUGCCCACCCGCAGGGAGAGCCAAGGCCAGGGAAGGGGACAGGGACCGGGCCAGGGCCACCGCCGCGGCCACCACUCCCCGCGCCGGGGCCAAUGAGAUCCCGCCCGGCCCCCUCGCCGCGCACCGCCCGCUCGUAAAUAGGGGCAGGAGCGGGACCGCGCUCCCGGAGCGCGCCCGGCUCCCGGAGAUGCCGCCCAGGACGGAUGCUCCCCGGAGGUCGCAGCGUGCGGAUGUGCCCCGGCGGCGCUGAGUCCUGAGAAACUUCGCACUCCAGGGAUGAGCAGCUCCAAGAGGCAGCGAGGCGCCCGCCCAGCCCGACACACAGCCCCGGAGAGCCCGAGCGCCUCAGCCCCCCGAUGGUGAUCGCCGGCUCCCCGGCGGCCCUCGGCAGUCCCCGGCCCCCGGCAGUGCAGGUACGAGGUAGCCUCGGGUGAGCCGCGGCAGAGCCGGGCAGGGCGAUGCCGCCCUUUAGGUCUUUUCAAGCCCCACGGCUGGAAUCGGGAUCCUCUUUCGCGGAGUGCAAAAGGGCGUCUGUGGAUGCUUGGUAGAGCCAAGCGAGCGCUGGGGGAGAGACGAAAGACGGCGGCAGAUUUUUUCUCGCGUCUCAUCGAGCCUGGCUGUGCCGCCGGGCUGUACAGAGGCUCCUGCCCGCCACAAUGUCCUCGCCGGCGACCGCGGACUCGGUCUGGCCGCGGGUGGCAAAGCUGUUUCUGCUGCUGCUCCAGCUGUGCGCCCCCCGAGCCUCCCCGCAGCCCCACCGCUGCCCCGACGCCUGCAUCUGCACCUCCGACCUGCUGAGCUGCAGCCGGCAGAUGCUGCAGCGGGUGCCCCAGGCACUGCCGCCCACCACCAGCACGCUGGACCUCAGCCACAAUGCCCUCACCUGGCUCCACGACCACUGGCUGGCUGCCCUCCCACACCUCGAGGCCCUUCACAUCAGCCACAACCAGAUUCGGGACCUUUCUCUGCGGGCUUUCCACAAUGCCUCCUUCCUGCGGCACCUGGACAUGUCCUCCAACCACCUGCAAGCUGUGGAGAGGCACUACUUCGAGGCACUGGUGAGCCUGGAGGAGCUGCUGCUCUAUGACAACCACAUCAAGCGGGUGGAUGAAAAUGCCUUUGCCAAGCUGAGUGAUCUGCGGAAAGUCUACCUGAGCUGGAACAACCUGACCACCUUCCCCUUCCAUGCUGUGCAGGGGCUGGGAAUUCACAAGCUCCGCACACUGGACCUCUCCUCCAACAGCCUGAGCAGCAUCCCUGUGGAGGUGCUGGCAGCUCUGCCCGAAAACGUUGGCAAUGGCUUGUACCUCCACAACAACCCCGUCAGGUGCAGCUGCGCGCUCUACCUGAUGCUUCAGCGCUGGAAUCAGCGAGGUUUCAGCUCCGUGAAAGAUUUCUCUGAGGAACACACCUGCAAGGUGUCUGACAACGUGCCCCGCUCCCUGAUCAAGUUCCUCAAACACAGAGACAUGUUUGAGAACUGCUCGGCGAGCACCGAAGACGCGCACCUCUCGCACUUGGAGGUGGUGGUGGGCCAGCCCGUCCUGCUCACCUGUAACACCAGUAACAGCAGCCUGCCACAGAGUGCCACCACCUCCAUGUGGAUCACCCCUCACCACGAGCCCCUCAAACACCCGGGGAACAGCAAUCGCUCCCUGGAGGUCUAUCCCAAUGGCAGCCUGAGGAUCACCGCAGCCAAGCCCUGGCUCUCGGGGGUCUACGUAGGCUUGGCCAUGAACAGCCCCUACAACUUCAGCAGGAUGUGCGAGUUCAACGUGACUGUCCUCUACCCCAAGGCAGCUGGGGAGACCUUCAGCACUGGCCUCACGACCCUGCUGGGCUGUAUCGUGAGCCUGGUGCUGGUGAUCAUCUACUUGUACCUCACGCCGUGCCGCUGCCUGGGCUGCUGCAAGAAGCCGGCCCCGCUGAGCCCCCCGCAGGAGUGCAGCGCCCAGUCCUCCAUCCUCAGCACCACUCCCCCUGCCACUGACGGGCCAAACCGCAAGGCCAGCGCCAACAAACACGUCGUCUUCCUCGAGCCUAUCAGGGAGACACAGAACGGCAAGAUCCGCCUGGCCCUCGGCGAGGACUUCGCCGACCCCAAGCACCCCAAGAUCCUGCAGCUCAAGUCGGACUCAGAGUCCAUCAGCUCUGUCUUUUCUGAUACCCCCAUUGUGUCUUAGUGGGACAGAGCUGGGAGCAGAGCCGAGGCCUCCCGAGAGCUGGUCUCCUCCAUCGCUGCUAGAUCAGGAUUAUUGGGCAUCCUGAGUUCCUGGCUUGACCACGACCCACGGGAGCAACUGACAUCACCCACAAAUGCUUCAGCCACGGGCUCCUGGUGGAUUUUGGGCCAUGGGCACAUUGGUGCCCAGCAAGAGCGCCUUGCAUAAUCUGCUGGCAACGGCCUUGUUAGCACAAGGGUAACGCUGAUGAACCCAGCAUGCUGGAGAAAUACCCCUUCAUCUGGGCACCUGCCCUCCCUAAUGUGACACCAGGUCUGGGGGUCUGUCAUGUCCCCAGGCAUGAGAUGCCCUACCUGACACCACUGCCACAGACCCCCCAGGCCAAGGAAUAGCUGUGAUAAGUGGGACACUGUCCUGUCUCACGCCAGGGUCCUCAGGAAUGGUGAUGCCACUGUCCUCUCCCAGCACAUGCCGGUCGCCAUCAGCAUGUCAUGGCUGGGAGCAGGGGACUGUGACCCUGUCACAAACAGGUACACACCCCCACACCCCUCCCCAGACGUGGCCACGCAGGAGAGAUGGAGCUCAGCACCUGACCAGCCAUGCAGCCAAGCAAACCUUACAAGCUUUUGCUUCCCGAGAAGCUGUAAAUCGUCAAGGCAGGAUGAGGUGACGAAAUACAGCGCCCCAGCCCGCACUGCUCAGAGCUCGCCGUGCCACCAAGGACACCGAGGUCUCCGAUGCACCACGCGCUCCUCCGCUGCUUCUCCUUGAGGCGGACACGCUGCUCAAGCACAGCUAUUUAGGCGGUAACCCAAUCAGCCUAUCGAUAAAUGUGAGUAAUCCUCUCCUCUCCUGGGUCGUAAUUCUCUAGUUCCAUUGGAAUAAAAAUGCCUAUUUUUUUAAGCUCA